AUGUCAGACGACCUGGUAGAGGCUGACUCCCUUGAAGCGCUGGUCAUCAUCGAUAAUGACCUCGACCCGCUAUCAACGAUCGCCCCGGACACGGUCCAAGUAUCGGGCCACUUAGGCCAUCUUGCCACAAACUCUCCUCACCAUAUAAAGGAUAGAGGAGACGCAUGUAAAGAGUUACGGAUGGAGGAUAUCUGCUGUUCUGCUCAUGGUUUGUCGAUUCUCGUGACAGCUACUAAAGGGGAUGUCAAACAUUCUAUUCUAUUUGACGCUGGUCCUGAAGAAGAUGCGUGGGAGAGGAAUGUUAAGCGUCUACGGCCUGAUCUCUCUUCCGUGGGGGUAGUGCAGUUAUCGCAUUGGCAUCGAGAUCAUUCAGGUGGUCUUCUCCGGGCUAUCCGCAUGAUCAACGAUGCAAAGCAACACAAGAAUAUAUCUAAUAAGCUUGUGUUGGACCUGCAUCCGGAUCGUCCUGACUACCGUGGACUGGCAAUUGGGCACAAGAUCAUAUCACUUCAAGCUGAUCCCACUUUCGAGGAGAUUGAAUCGGCCGGAGCAGUCAUUCAUAAAAAUGACGAAACGCAUACAGUGCUUGAUAACUUCUUUCUGAUAUCAGGGGAGAUCCCUCGACGAACAACAUACGAGCAUGGGCUCAAGCAUGCAAUGCGGUUUGACCGGGAAGAGAACGACUGGUUCUCUGAUGAAGCUAUUGCUGAUGAGCGAUUUCUCAUGUGUAAUCUCAAAGACAAAGGAAUCGUCGUCUUUACUGGUUGCAGCCAUGCGGGAGUAGUCAACACAACGAAGCAUGCAGUCGAUCUCUUGAAUGGUGCCGUCCCGCUUCAUGCCGUCAUUGGAGGCUUUCAUCUUGCUACAAGUGAGCAAGAACAAAUGGAAAGUACAGUCAAAGAUCUGAAGAGACUCGAUCCGGCUGUUCUUCUGCCAGGCCAUUGUUCGGGCUGGCGGGCCAAGUUUGCUAUCGAGAAGCAAAUACCCGGGACGCUUGUACCUUGCUCCGUUGGUAUUAAGAUAACAUUCUGA